AUGGAUUUAAGCGGCGACGGUGGCGUGGUGAAGAAAAUUCUCCGCGCCGCUAAACCCGACGCGCUGCAGCCGUCCGAUGCGUACCCAAUCGCAGAUGUGCACUACGAGGGGAGACUAACCACGGGCGAGGUGUUUGACAGCUCAAGAGAGGACAACGCUGUGUUUACGUUUGAAGUGGGCAAGGGGAAGGUCAUUCGCGCCUGGGACAUCGGCAUCAAGAGCAUGAAGGUGGGUGAGCUGGCAGAGCUGACGUGUCAAUCAGACUAUGCAUAUGGAGAUGCUGGUUCUCCUCCCGAAAUUCCUCCAGGCGCCACAUUGGUGUUCGAAGUGGAGCUCAUGGCAGUCCACCCCCCCAGAGGCUCCGUCUCCACUGCUGCUGCUGAGAAGGGCCGACUGGA